AUGACAUCGGUGGCGUGCGCGAUGACAUCAGUGGCCAGCGGGUAAGAUGGCGUCCUGUAAUGAAGCAGGAAAUAAUGUCAAAUUUAUCUAGUUUUUGGAAAAGUUCAUUCUGUUCGGGGCAUUGCAGUAAACGUUUCAGAAGAUAGAAAACCCGCAGAUUCUAAAUGGCCUCAAGGAAAUCAGGAUCAGAUUUUCAAAACUCUGGAGCAUGCUUUAGUUAUCUGGAUGAUGUCACAUUUAAGAUUGGCGAUAAGUUCAAGAUUCCAACUAAAGUGGGGUUUCCAGUUGGACUUUGUGUAUCAGACAACUCUACACGAUUUAAAGAGUUUCAUUACGAUUUAUCUUUAGAGAAGAAAACAAUAAAAUGGGCCAAAGAGAUCAAACAAAUUAAAGCUGCACAAAAGAUGGCAAGUUUAAAUAGGGAAGCUACUUCAUUGACAGCUGAAUCUGAAGUCAUCUUGGAGAGAAAAGGUGGAAUCCAAUCCACUGAUGGACCACAUUCUUCAGCGUUUCCACUGCCUUUUAACCCUUUAUUUGCCGACCUAAGGCAUAGCAAGAUUCUAACCCCGUUGCCAGCUAACAGCAAUACAUUGAAGCAAAAAGAUCCAAGCCCCCCCAACACAACUAAAUUCAAUCUUGCAGAUUUUGAAAAUGAAGAAGAUCCUUUUGAUAAACUGGAAUUGAAAACACUCAAUGAUAAAGAAGAACUCAAAAAUAUUCUUGAAGUUCAAGCAAGUUCACGACCGAUGAUCAUUCCACAAUUGAAUAAUGGCCUAAAUGUGCAGAUUGUAAGAUCCACAGAAGCAUUAACAAGCCCAGAAGUGCAGGUCUCAAUAGUGGAGGCCACCUCAGAUUUCAAAUCCCUUCAUAAGCCAAAUGGCCUCAUAAAUUUGCCACAGUUGGAGAACUGUGAAGAAGUGCCCUUUUCUGCCAAAGUAUCUCUCCCGCCUGCUUCCUCUGUCAGCAAUAUCAAAUCUCUCUCAUUUCCUAAACUGGAUUCUGAUGAAAGUGAGCAGAAGACUGCUAAACUUACUGGCACUUUCCACAGCACAAGCCUACCCAAUGGCACUUUGUUUAGUUCAGUAAAGAACUGUGAGCAGUACAAAGGCAGUGGUUUGAAUGGACAUAACCUCCCUGUUGUAUCCAUGCGUUCUUCCUCAAGUUUUGACCUUGGGAUUGAUAACAACACCGGAGUGCUGUCGUCAAAGUACAAAAUUCCAUCAGUUCUAUCAACAAUUGGAAGAGAGCAAUCCUCACAAAGCAUAGCAAAAGUGGUUAAUUCUGAAAACCACCCUGCUACAGAAUUGUCCAUCACUAAUGUUGGAGAUGUAUCACAGAGAUUGGAGUGUCAUGAUCCACUUAAAGCAUUAACACCAAGUGAGAGACAAUGUGCAGAAACUAUAGUUGGCAUGGGAUAUUCCUGUGAGAAUGUAAUAAAAGCCAUGCAGAAACGAGGAGAAAACCUUGAACAAGUGCUUGAUUACUUGUUCAUUCAUGGACGACUCUGUGAGCAAGGCUUUGAACCCACACUCGUAGAGGAAGGCCUAGAAAUCAAUCAGUGUUCAGCGCCAAAGACCCUGGAGUUUCUUCACCUCAUGUCUAAAUUCAGAGAAAUGGGCUUUGAACAGGCUGUUAUCAAAGAAGUUCUUGUUCUUCACAACAAUGACCAGGAGAAAGCUCUGGAAGACUUAAUGACCCGCGCAGGAGCCAGCUGAAAGCAUCUCUUCUAUCUCUGCUUGAUUGAGGGGAGAGAGAAGAAAAAUAUCAUCCCACGUACUAUUCAUUUUCCAGCUCUGUUGAUACAUGUGGCUGUAUAUUUCUUUAUUUUCUAUUUGGAAGGGUGGGUAGGGGAUGAGUAAACUAUGCUUCAUAAGAAAGUCUAAAUUGAAGAAGACAAAGUCCAAGAUGUCUGUGGUAGCACUCUUAAUGUUUUUACAGUUUACCCAGAUCACAGGGACCUGAAAUAAUAUGGCUGAAGUAUAUUUCACUCGUCAUUCUCAACAUGAGAGAAAAAUCUACUCAAAUGUUAAUUUUUCGGAGCACUACACUCUAUCCCAUUCCUCUUCCAGCAACAAUAGUACAACGUGCAUCAGCACUCUUGCAGUGGAGUUUGGUUUGGUAUGUGGAAAAGCUGGAUAAUAGCUUUUUUCCAGGGUUAAACCUGCUUUUUGUCCUCUGUCAAAGAAAACAUUUACAGGACUGUAGGCUAUUUUAAAGUUGUAUAUGAUUAGGUAACCUAUAAUGCAAUAGGAAUUAUUAGACUGGGACUAGUCUGUCAUCUGUCACUGGCUGGGUGCUGUGGUACCACCUAUGCAUUAUGUUUGCAAAACGCAAUGAAUGGGCAGAAAGAGCAAAUCUCUCAUUUUUAGCAGACAGGAAAACAAAUGAGCAAACCCAGCCUUGAUUUGCGCUGCACUCCUGUGCGGGUCGAUUUCAUAUAGAUUCCCUUAUAGGAAAUCUAUACAUACACUCUGAAAAGAAUUGCAGCGUGAGGUAAAAUUUACAUCUCCUUAAGCACUUUCUUUGAUUUGUCUUGUUGCCACUGCACUUGUUUUACUUACACUCGUCAAAUGUUACAUUAUGUCUUCCUCACUGCUGUAGUUCUGGAGUGUUUAUUUACUAUUAAUCUUCAUUAUUAACUGCAACAGAUUAUUUUUUCGUAUUAGAACAGAAAUUGCAUUGUUCUGUAUUGUAACAUUUCACAAAACUUUGAAUAUCAGAAGCAUUUCUGAAUCUUAAAUGCUAUAAAGUUUGUUUCUGCUAAAACAGGUACUAAUAAAACUUUAAAAAAUGUG